CAGUAUGUAUUAGUACAAUGAGUUUGCCACUCAUUGAAUUUCUGUCAAGUAAAGACCCAUCUUGCCUUUGGGUGUGUGUGGAAAGAAAAUGGAUUUAUUUCCUGCCUUUCCUCUCAAUAACUCAAGGUGGCUAACAACAAGGGAAAACCAUAAAUCAGCAGUGUAAAACAGCUUACAAUGGCCUUCCCCCACUUGGUGCCCUCUAGAUGUCUUGGAAUACAGCUUUCAUCAACACACUUGCUGAGAUUAUAAUAAAGGAUAUAGCAGACCAUGAGAGAAGAGAUGAGAUGGGCUUCCAUUGGGAGUUCCAAAGUCUAGGUGCAGCUACAGAAAAAAGCCCUUGCCUUGUUCACAACUAAGCCUGUUUCUGGGAAUGCUGGGAACGCAGUUGCCUUUAACUGCAAAGUGAAUCUCAUUUCUCCUCUGUCCCUGGUUGGGAUACACAAGAGGGCAUCUGAAGAUAAUCUCAAAAGGUAAGUUGGCUCAUAUGUGAGGUGGCCCUUUGAAUAUCCCAGUCCUAAAUGGUUCAGGCCUUUAAAACUUCUUACCAGCACUUUUCACUAAUGUCCAGAAACAUGGGAAGCCAGUGCAGCUGCUGGACAAGGGAAUUACAUGCUCCCUAUUUGCAGCUCCUGUUAACAGCUUGGCUGCCACAUUGUUUUAUAAUUUUAAGUUUUCCAUUUUAACAAUCCAAUAAAAACCACAUUAAAACAUUCCAAAUUAUGAUACAAUAAAAAAAGCCAGAUAUUCAAUGCCAAAUUAUAUAUCUCACAUUCUGGACAAGUUAUUUCUGAGAAUACUUCAAAGGCUAUAUGUAGAGCGAACUGCGGUAAUCCAGAUGUGAUGUAACUAAGGCAUCUGUCAUUGCCAUGGCCAGAUUUGAAGGCUGUUUAUCUCCUGCCUCCAUGUUGCAAAAUAAUGCAACCACUGCUUGUAAAUGUUGCUCUUUAAGAAGCCUUUGACUGAUCUAGAAGAUGUGAGGUACAAAUACGUUUCCUUUUUCCCUGUAGCUCCUACUUCUUAAUACCCCUGUUAUUCACUUAGCUGGACGUGAAGUGUAUGUAUACUCCCAAGUCACCAGCCACUGCACAAACAUUUUAGAAAUCAACCUGUGGUGAAGGACAAAAUCUAGCAUCCCAUGUUGAUCAAGCGAUUCACAAGACUGAGUGGCAGAUGCAACUUUAGAUAGGAUGCAUCAGAAGAAAAAAUACAAUGGAAGGAAAAAAUGGGCAUCUUUUUGAAUAUAUCUGCCACUUUGGUCUUGGACACUAAGAAUCACAAGUUGGGCAAAUAUGUUUUUUGCUGAGUAAUAGUUCCAGUAUUUUAACCGAGAGGGCAGAUCCUUAGUACAGUGGUGCCUCGCAAGACGAAAUUAAUCCGUUCCGCAAGAGUCUUCGUCUAGCGGUUUUUUCGUCUUGCGAAGCAACCCUAUUAGCGGCUUAACGGAUUAGCGCUAUUAGCGGUUUAGCGGCUAUUAAAGGCUUAAAGGCUUAGGGGAUUAGCUGCUAAAAGGCUAUUAAAGGCUAUUAAAGGCUUAGCAGAUUAGAUAAAGGGGGGGGGAAGCGGAAAAAAAAUCUCUAGACUCGCAAGACAUUUUCGUCUUGCGAAGCAAGCCCAUAGGGGAAUUCGUCCUGCGAAGCAACUCCAAAACGGAAAACCCUUUCGUCUAGCGGUUUUUCCGUCUUGCGAGGCAUUCGUCUUGCGGGGCACCACUGUAUUCUCCAUCUUCUCAGAGUAUUGUGAAAGAAUGAUGUCAAUCAACAUCUGAUGAGCUCCUUCUACCGGUCCAAAAUAGAAAGUGUCCUUUCAUACUGCAUCAUGGUGUGGUACGCUGGUUUGACAUCAACUGAUAGGAAGUGCCUACUGAGGGUGGUGAAUACAGCACAAGAUAUUAUGGGCUAUCCCAUGAAUCCACUGGAUGACAUCACGGAAGAACAUUGCCUCAGGAGAGUGAGGAAAAUUCUCCGGAAUGAUUCACACCCUGGCCGGCACUUUCUUGAUCUCCUGCCUUUGAGCAGAAAAUAUAGAAACAUGAUUAGUCUCACCAACAGGGUAAAGAACAGAUUCUAUCCGUGGGAUGUUAGGCUGCUGAAUGAAAAGAUAACAACAGGGCAACUGACUUUUGGGUUUGGUGGGUGUGCGUCAAUAAACGAGGGGAAUUAAGACUAAGAGAGCUGAGUGGGGGGUGCUCGUGUAAUCUCACUGUAUACAAGUUGUAAAAGUGACAAUAAAGUAUUUCAAUUUCAAUUCUGCUUUCCUAAAUUGAGGUGGGGUUUUACAAUAAUAAAAAGUAGACCAGCAACUUAAAAUCAUAAUUUUUAUUUCAGAGAGACAGAAUACCACAGCCUACAGAGGGAUGAGGAAUUCUUGGUCCUCCAGAUGUUGGACUCCAGCUUACAUCAGCCCCAAGCAGUGUUGCCAGAGGCCAGGAAUGAUGGGAGUGUAAUCCAACAGUUGGAGGACCAAAAGUUCCCCACCCAGCCUAGUCAAAAGGCAGUAUCGCUGAAUUUCAAUGCAACUCUGGCACUACUUAUGCCAACUUUGAAACACAAUUUAAGUACAAUUAUGUUUUACGUACAAGACUCCAGCCAGAGACUCAAAGGGAUGUAUACUAUGGAGACAAGUCUGCCUAGCUACGUAUUUUUAACUUGCUGCUUUGUCCUUGACGACCUGUAGAACUCUCCAGACCGGGAAAGUAACUAUCCGCAUUAGGGUGCUUUAAAUUGGGAAACACCUCAACAGUUCUCCUCUUUGCUUCAGUCACCUAGACUAGUUAAUCCCCAUAUGGUAAUGAGCUGAGCUGAGAGUUUUCAACAUCUGCCCCCUGGAUGUGUGUGUGUAUGCGUGUGCUUGAGAGUUUCCACACUCUCUUUAGUCUUGGUCUCACCUUUCACUGACAAGAGGCCAAUGGCAGGUUAGCCAAGAACAAAUGCAGCUUUUCUUCUUUUUUUUUAAAUGAUGUUUAUUAAAAUUUCAAAGAAAAGAAAGAGAUUACAUUAAUAAGAAAAUUAACAAUAAAAAGGAAAAAUUAACAAUAAAAAGGAAAAAUACAAAAUACAAAAAAAGAAAAAACAGUUAAAAACAAUUCCAUCUUUUCAUCACUUCUCUUACAUUUACUUAUUUCCCGGACCUCCUCAUACCACCCUCUUUUGUAUUCCAAUUCAGUUUGUUAGUCCAGCAAUUCCUUUCCCUCCUUUUUAAUCCUGAUCUUUAAUCUUGAUAUAUUAUAACAUUAAAUUUUUACGUAUUAAAAACCAAUUUUUCCAUAUUCUUUUAUACCAUUACAGCUAGAAACCACUUAACUUCAAUCCGACAUCAUUCUAACAUUCAUUAAUUUUACAAUAUUUCUGUAAGUAGUCUUUAAAUUUCUUCCAAUCUUCUUCCACCGACUCAAAUGCAGCUUUUCAGGCCCCAAAAGACUAACUACCUCUGGGACUUACGGGUUAGCACCAUCGGCGAAUGGCGGAGUUCCUCCGACCGGAGGAACUGGCUCCGUGGAAACUGGGUCUUCCCGCCGCGGUGAAUGUGGGGACCUGCUAGAAAUCCCAGGUGGAGGAAGCCUGGGAACGUGGGGUUCGGCAGGGCACCAGGAGCGCCCCCCCUACUCACGGGGAACCCCUUUUUGGGAUUCCGGAGUGAAGUGGGGUGAGCAGCGCGGUGCUGCGAACUGACUGCUACUUUCACGGAGUGAAGCCGCACAGCCAUCGCCGGAGAGCGCUGACUUUUUCCUGUGGACAACUGGACUUAAAACAAGUACCCGUGAGUAGAAACAGAAAAUUGGAUCAAGAAAUAUCUUAAUUUGAUAUCGAAGCGGGAAGGUUCAAAACAGGAAGUCCGCCUUCCGCUUUUUGUAUAUAGACUAAAGCAAAAACCUUGUAAGCUAAAGCCUGGAAAGUCAUUAAAAAAGCCUAAAUUUCCUUCAUUUAUAACUACUGAAACCCCCUUGGAAGCAGGAGAAAAGGGGGGGGACUUUGUGUAACGCCUGCAGGAGAGGGAGUGAAGAAAGAUAAGUUUCCACCGUCUCUAACCUGGGAACGGGGUGUCAGAGACAGAAAUUGUUGGAGAGGUUCAUUGACUGUGAAUGGAAUACUUUGACAGAUAGCUGAAGAAGAGAAAUAAACUGAUUCCAAUGUUGCCUUUUGCAUUCUAAAGAAACAAAAUAUCUGAAAAAUGAAAGUAAUUUUCCUUUGUUGGAUUUGCCUUAAAAAAAAGAUGGAUACAAAUAGAAAUUGUCUCCUCUAGAGGGAGCCUGCUAAAUUGUUGCUGCAGUCUACUUGAGGAUUCCACAGCUGUGAGAUUAAGAUCGUGGGAUUAGUCCUUUUGACCUUGACUAAAUAUGAGCUGGAAGGAAGUUUUGGUGCUUGCUUUAUGCAAGACAAGUGCUUUGUUGGAACAGAUGCAUGAGAAGAUGGAUUUGAUGAAUGAGAAAAUGGAUUUGAUGACUGUUGUGGCCAAUAACUGUGGACAAAUAGUGAAUUGUGAUACAGAAACCAUCCAGGAUCCAACUCAGGAACCUGUAUUGAUUGGGCAAGUGCAGAGGAUAAUGGAGGAGGCUGCGGUUGCACCUCAAAUAAUACAAAUGGAGAGGCCCAAGGCCCUACAGGAGCAUAAGCCGCUGUUUUUGAAGAUUGAAGUUGGAGUCGGCCAGGGGGAGUCUGGAGCUGAGGAGGCUUUUAACUUUGGAGAGACUUCGAAAUAUGCUCGUAAAUAUUUUUUGGAUUAUAUUGAUGACUGUGGGGAGUGGGACUGUGGGGAAUGGGUUGGUUUGAUGAAGGGAGACGGAGAUAACUCUGGGUUGGAACCCCCCAGAGACCUACUCCUCAAUGAGAAAGGAAAGAAAUUAAGAAAGAGACCAACAAAAGACAAGGAAAAGUGCAAGUAUAAACAAGAAGAAGAAGAUCUGCAGAAGGGACAUGGAAGAGACUUAAGGGCCUCGGACAUAAGACUUCCAGGUUGAUGGACUAGAUGGAAUGGACAGUAAGGACUGACACGACCCGAGACCAGGAAGAAGAGACGUUGGAUGAAGAUUGGAAGAAAAUUUAUAAAGAAAAUUUUUUAUUUAGGGAAUUAGCCUAAAAUUAAUGAAUAUUAGGGAAAAUGUUGGAAUGAAACUAUAUGACUUUAGCAGAAAUGAUAUCAGGAGUUAAGUAUAACUGAGUAUUAAGUUUUAAGCUUUAAGGUAUUUUAUGGUAAGAUAAGGUUAAAUAAAUUAAGGUAAUUUGAAUAACAGAAUAUGGGGAAAGAUGGAAAUGAUCUGCCGAGUUAAUUAAUAGGUUAAAUUGUUAAGAUAAAUUAUUUAAUAAAAAUUGAGAAAGAUGGAAAGAAUUUGCUGAAAUAACUAACUAAACUAGAAUACAAAAAGGGAGGUGUGAGGAGGUCAACGAAACAAGCAAAUGGAAGUUAAAGAUAUGUAAUAUGGGAUUUGUGUCUUUUUUUCUCUUUUUUAUUUUCUUUUUUGCUGUAUCGUUGUAUUGGUUUUUAUGUUUUGCGUUUUUUCCUCUUUUUAUGUAUUGCAGUGUUGUUUUUUAUUUUUUUUCCUGUAAUUCUGAAAUUAUUAAUAAAUAUUAUUAAAAAAAAAAAAAAAGACUAGCUACCUCUGUCCAAGGAAGGGACAGAACAUUUCCUGUCAAGUUAUUCUACUCCUCAGGUUCAAUUUAGUCCAGUCACUAGGGAGGGAAAUGUUCAGAGCUCUGCUACUAAGACUUGCGAUGGUAGAGGCAGGCAGUGAGCAGUUGUGAUUGGGCUUAAUUCCACCCAACAGCAUUAAAAACAUCUUGUACAUGCAAAGGUAGAAGAAAGGUUGUAUACAACUGCUACUCUCUACCUAAGUUAGCCAUGUACAGUGGUACCUCGGGUUACAUACGCUUCAGGUUACAUACACUUCAGGUUACAGACUCUGCUAACCCAGAAGUACCUCGGGUUAAGAACUUUGCUUCAGGAUGAGAACAGAAAUCAUGCUCCGGCAGCGCGGCGGCAGCAGGAGACCCCAUUAGCUAAAGUAGUGCUUCAGGUUAAGAACGGUUUCAGGUUAAGAACAGACCUCCGGAACGAAUUAAGUACUUAAUCCGAGGUACCACUGUAUAUUAAUUUCAGUGGGUCUACUCCAAGUAUGACCAGUGUUGGAUACAAUCAUAUAUCAAUAUGUAUAUAUAUUUUAAUGUAUCACACCUUAAGUAAAACUAAUGUGUCCUUUUUGUUGACUAUUUCUGAUGAUUUCAAAUAAUCUUCUAAUGGAGGAUGUGUGUGCAUGUGGUCCCAGAUAAUAUCCACCUUUCUGAAUUUCAGAGCCCCCUUUAUAUGCCAAGGAUGCAGAUUAGCUGGAGUUGGGUUCUAUCCCCAAAAUAUCAGGAGCUCAUGAAAAAAUUCUGUAUAGGCAAUACGUAAUAGUCUGGUUAGCCAUUAACUCUUCUCUGUCUUUGCAGAUAAGGUCCAACACAGUUGUCAUUGGUAGGACUUUGGGCAGAGACGAGACGGUAAAAUGUUCUAUUUUUAGAUGGGUUGUGAAUUGUAUUGUGGUUGGAAAAGGAAGAUUAGCAUCAAAUUGCAAAGCAUUUCUUUCUAAAAUGGGCUCCACGGAUCAGAAAUAACAAUGUGUGGUGCAAGCUGUAUUUGUCAGCAGUUUAAAGUAUAUGAAGGGUCAACAAUGAGGUAACUAACUUACUGCAGUUAUUUUUUUGAAACUUUGAGGGAAUUUCCUAAGAGAAGGGUGGUGGUGAUAUUAGGGAUUAUGCUGAUGUUGGACCAAGCCUGUUUUAGCCUAUCUGUUCUUGUCAACAGAUUGUGGGUGUUGGUACCUUAAUCCUGCCGUAACUCUUUAGCUAAGACUAAGUCCUGAUGGCACGAACCAGACUUUGCCUCUGACUCCCAAGCUGUCCUAAAAUUUAGGGAAAUAGGCUUGUACCCAAUGUUAGUUCUACACAAAGUAGACCCAUUGAACUAAUGGACAUAACUAAUUUAAGUCCACAAAUUUCAACAGGUUUACUCUGAGUAGAACAAACAUUGGAUAGAACCCAGAAGAUGCCAUAUACCAAGUCAGACCUAUUGGUCCAUCUAGGUCAGUAUUGUCUACAGCAGCUCUCCAAUGUUUCAGGCAGGUGACAUUCCCAAACCAAUCUGGAAAUGCUGAGCAUCGAACCUGGGACUUUAUGCAUCCAAAAUAGAUGCUCUACCACAGUGCUAUAACCCGUCUCCAAAUCUGCAUCUCCGAUUUGGGAUGGAGCUUUGGUUUUCCACACCAGGCCAAUGAAUUCUACCUGAAAGCCUAUGGCAGUACAUGAAAGCAACAGCUGCACACCACCCCAACAUUCCACAAAAAUGGGGAUGUGAUUGCAACAUCUCACUUUCUACACUAAAAUUAUUGCCUAGGCUUCUCCCUUGAAUGCCAUGUUACAGAAAGUGGUUCUCUGCCUGCUGUAUUGGUUUACUUGGAAAAAACGCCUUACUGUAGCAUUCAGAUUACACAUGGGUUAGUGUUAGGGUAAGGAGAAAUUUGAUUCAGAUCAUAUUUAAAUAUGACUCUACCAAAUCUGCACAGCAGAAAUAAAACAGAGCCAUCCUCUGAAAUACACACCUAUUCAAAUUUUGUAAUGUACGUCACCAACCAACCAAUGUUUAUAAAAAUGCCUUUAUUAGAGGAAACUGCAUUAAAAUGGAUAUGUUUAGGAGAAUUUUGCACUAAAAUGAUACCAGUUUCAUGAGGAUUUCUUUCUUUCUUUAGCAAAUUGCUGCGGAAAUGUGGAAACCGAAUUUAAGAUGGGAAAAAUGUGGAACUGACAGAUCCUUCCAUCCCUACUUAUGUGCAAACAAUCAUACAAACAAGCAAGGGAGAAUCGGCUAAGCCCCACCCUUUCCAAAGCAUGACCAUCAUCCAUCCUAUUUACAGCUCUGCAGUAUAAGGGCAAAGGUCCAAAAUGCAAUCAGGGCCCCUCUAUGAGUAAAGGAGACAUUCUGUCACAGACCUUUGCCCUGAAAUUCAUAGAGGGCUGUAAACUUGAUGGUGAUAUGCCAGAGGACACACACGUUCCUUGUCCAUUUGAAUGCCCUCAAAUGGUUCCUGUCUUCCAUGGAUUUAAAAGCUCAGCAAGUGAGAUGUUCUUUUGGUCAAGCAAAGAAAAACAGACCUGCUGGUUCAGACCAAAGGCUAUUCUGUUCCCACAAUGGCCAGUUUUUGGGAAGCCAAUAACCAACAUAUAAGUGAAAAGCCCUCUCACAAUUGCGGGGGGAGGGGGGAGCAUAACUGUCCUAUGCUCCCAACAAUUCGCAAUGUACCUCUGAAGCUGUAAUAAACUGGUUUGGACACAAUAUUAAACCAUGAACAAGCCUGUUCUUAUCUCCCUCCUCCAGAGUGACUUCGAGGAAGCAGUCAAGGUAUCUACUAAUGUUUUCAACUGAGUGCACUUUAUUUUGUCUAACUGGGUCCAACUGUGGUUAGUUUUAAUGAAGAUUUAGCUGAAACAAGUAGGACCAGAAAUCACAUUUUGUUACAACAAACCAGUGUACAUUAAUCAUUUUGUCCUGGUUCGGAUGAAAGGACAAAAUGUGGUUAGUUGAAAAUAGAGAUGUUCCAGCUCUCUUCCUUGAAGCACUGAAAGGGAAGUGGAAUACACAAGUCUAAGUGUCAGUCACAUUAUGUUUGUUUAGUAUUAGGGCUGCUCAGUUUCUAUGUAUAAUAGCAGGCUGUGCACACACAUGCAUUUUAUGUAUAACAGUGCAGAAGUGGGGAAUCUGCAGUCAGUCCUCCAGCUGUUGGGGCUCCAGUUCUGAUCAGCCCCAGCAGUCUCAUCAACAUUUGGAGGGCCAAAUGUCCCCCUCCCUGGCCCAUGCCAGAGACAAGAUGCACACCCUCACAAAGACUUAAGUGAGUCAAAUCCUGCACCCAAGUCUAGCAGCUCUUACAAUCAGCAUUUUAACAAUGAAUUGUCCAAAGGGCAAAAACUAGGACCAGAAUUUCUGGAAGCAGAAGUAUAGGUUGUCUUUGGGUAACAGGACUUGUUGGUUAUGGAACUUCCCCAGUUCCAUAUGGUUGUAUGCUAAUUUUGUGCUGAUGCAGCCCUCUGCAUUGUUUCAGCUGUCAAUUGCUUGUAUUUGUAUUUGAUUGCUUUUAAUUUGUGAACUGCCCAGUGGAGAAUGAUUAACUGGAUGGUAUAUACCCCCCCCCCCAUAAAAAUAUGUUGCCCUGAGCUCCUUGGAGGGAAGGAUAUAAACAUAAGACUGAAGUCCUUUACGCACUUCCUGGGAGUAAAGCUUAUUGAAUGAAGAACAGCAAUUGCAGAACACAGCAGCUUCCCAGGUGUCUAUGCAAAGCUCCAGAAGCAGGAUGGGACCAUAACAGCACUCUCCCACUUGUGAAUGCCAACAACAAAUAUUCAGAAGCACGGAUACAAGAGGUAACACACAGCCAUGACAAUGCAGCCAUCGACAGCUUUAUUGUCCAUAAAUUUGUAUAAUCCUCUUUCAAAGCCAUCUAAGUUGGUGGUUGUCACUAAAUGUUGCGGGAGCCAAUUCCAUCGUUUUAACAAUGUGCUGUAUGAAGAAUUGCUUCCUUCUGCCAGUCCUAAAUGGCUCUCAGUUCUAGUAUUAAGAGAAGAACACCAUAUCCUUCUCCACUAAAAACCAGUAACAGGGAAAAUACACAGUUUACUCUCCCUCUUGCCUUUUAUUCUUAAGGCUCUUGGUGGCUAGGUUCUACCUGAGUAUGUCUCUCCAUGUCAGGGACUGGGAAUCGCAAGUUGGGAGUGUUAUUCCGUGCGCAGGUCCUCCUGACGGGCUUCCCCAUAUGCGCCACAGGACCACUGUGGCGCAGUCAGGACCUGGGUUCAAAUCCCCACCUGGUCGGGCUACCUCAGGCCAGCCUACCUCGCAGGGUUGUCUGUGAGGGUCACUGCGCCACCUUGAGCUCCUUGGGAUAACAAAGGCGGGGUCUUAAAACGAUCCGUCUGGCCAGGGCGAGAGCGGCCUUGGGCCUCCUCUUGCGUCCUCCUCCUCCUCCUAGCAACCCUGUGAGGUAGCGCGGCGGGCCGAGGGGCGCGCAGCCCGCUCGCCGGGCGAAGGGAGGCUCUGAGCGCGGGGCUCCUCGGCGGCCUCUCACAGACACCCGAGGGCGGAGGCGGGGCCUUGCUUUCUCCCCGCGCUCCUUCUCCGAAGAGCCUCCCCCGCCGGGCGCUGCCGAGGCGCGAGGCCCCUCAAGGCUCGCGGCGGAAGGCGGGCCAGGCCGGCCAGGCCCGGCCCAGUGGGAGGCGGGCUGCGAGGAGAGCCGGCCUGCCUCGCGCGCCCCAGGCGGCCCCGCCUCGCCUCAGCCAGCCUCCUCCUUCUCCGCCGACAGCUCAGCCGGCCGGCGAAGCGGCAAGGCGAGGACACGUCGCGGCCUGGGCGCCCGGGGUCAGUGCGAGAGGAAGGCGGCGGGGAGGACGGGCUGGGGCUGCUCGCGACAGGCGAGCCCGGGGCGGAGGGCCGAGCGCGGCGCCUCUCUGAGGCGAUGUGUUUCGGCGGAAGGGGCGGCGAAGGGGAUGCUGCUGCCGCCUCCGCUGUACAUCAUGGAAAAGGAGGGGACUUUCUGACCUCCCUGAUGUCAGGAGGAAGAGGGGCGGGCGGGGCGGGUUUGGGGGCCAGAUCCGCAGCCUCCCGUGGCUUGUGGAACGAUGAGCCCCGUUCGGACGUUCAGCGAAUGCGUGUCGGCGAGGGCGGGGACUCGCGGUCCGUUCUGCGGUCGCUGCGCCUGAUGUCCAGGCGGGUUCGCCAGCAAUGGGUAAAAAGGGACGGGGGGACGGGGAUGCAAAAUGUCAUGGAUUCCUGCGGGGAGUGACAGGAUGGAGAGGGACGUGUGUGUUUCUGUGGGGCGGGGAGGCCAUCGAUGCCCAUGUGGUGGCAGGGGAAGGAUGUGUGCCUGCACACGCAGAUAGACGCAGGUUUACCUGAGCCCUGCACCUGCCACCCCAGGUGUAACGGACAGGAGGAGGUUAUCAAUACCUGCCCAGCCAGCAGUGGUCUGGGGGGAGGGGGCUGCCCAGUGUCCAAGUGCCCAUAUUUUAUUUUUAUUUUUGGGAGGGAUGGUGUCAGGGGACCAUCAAAUGGAUUGCGAUUGGUUGGGUGUCAAGAAGCUGAAAGACAGCCUGGGUCCUUCCUGUAAGGUGUUCUCAAAGGCUGGGUACCAGGUAGGAGAAACCUUGGUUACAGAUGGUACAGGGAUUAGGUAGGAGGUGGCGGGUGCUGAGGAGGACAGGGUGGCCUUUAGACUAACAAGGGCAACAGUGGGUUACUGGAUCAGGGGGGCAGCAGGGCUUGGAACGUGGCAUCCGUAGCGUCAGUAAUGGCUGGGAGCAGCUGUGUGCACAACUCAUUUUGUAGCGAUGGGUGUUUAUCCAGCCCCCUCUUCUUCCUAAGGGGAAUCUGUCACAUUUGCUGUUUGUUGCUCGGCACAACCAGUAUUAUGAAACUGGAAGCAUGUGCUGAAAUGAUUGGUUAAGCUUGUGGCUUUUGUAUUUGGUAUCUGGGUGCUUAGUAGUAAAUACCCUGUGAUUAAAAGGAGAUGGGGUCACUGCCUCACAGGGACCAAAGUGUUGUUAUUUUGCUGACUAAGAAUUUGGAGCAGUGUUUGCAUGUCUAAUUCGUACCCUUCUGACAAUUUUAUGCAAGGACUAGGAUCAUUAUUCAUAUUUUUGUUUAGCUUACUGUUUUUGAUGCUGAAAGCACCAGUCUAGUUGUCACUGUCCAUAUGUGCAUUGAAACCAUUGUCUCUAUUGGAGAUUUCUGGAGAAAUAUUUUUGAACAAUUGCCUUGUGACAGGUUAGUGUGUUUUGCCAUGUGGAGGCAAAACCAUCACAAAACUGAAUAUGUGAAGGCAUCUAUAGUUCGCAACUGCAAGAAGUCAAAAUGUCUUAAUAUUAGCUUAUUUAAUUAUCAUUAUGUAUAUCCAAGACUGAAAUUUAAUGUGUUAGCAAGCGCCUAGGGUCUCUUUAAAGCAAUAAAACCUGUUCCCCACCCUGUAGUAGAGUAAAGACUGAGCAGUUAGGAUUCUGUGGCUGUAAGUAUCUUAUUUAAAUUAUCAUUUGGGGUACAUUUUCAUGUCAGUUAGGUGGGGAUUCCUACCUGUCUGCGAGUGAUGUAGUUCUUUUUAUUUUCAUUUGUAUUUUGAUUCACUUACCUAUUUUCAUUCAGUUAUAAUUUCUCUUCUGGUUCUCAGAUGUGGAGGUGUAAUUCAAAGGGAUGGUAAUAUGCCUGUCCAUGAAUUUUAGAAUGAUGCAUUUAAAAAUAAUUUAUAAAGCUGCAGAAGGGAAAGUAGUUCUGAUGCAGUUGUGGGCUCUUAGAUGUUUAGUUAGUGGUCCCACUGAAUUGCUUUGUGCUGAAGUUGCAGUCCAAAUUGUAAGUUUGAUUUGGUUUGAGAGGCUUGAUGUCAGUGUGGUUGCUGUUGGCUCAUUUGUAGCAAUUUACAAUUUUAUCUUGCUCAUUUUCUCAGAAACUGUGCUGUCUGGGGUCAUUUUUAUUCCUACGUAACCUUUUCAUUCAUUGCUAUCAAAUAAACUGUAGGUAUUUUAAACCAUAUUCUGUUUCCUGUCUUGUGUUCUUCCAGGCAGUGCAAUGUCAGCAGCAGAGCAUCAACCGACAGAGCCUUCUCCAUUGCCUAAUUUAGCCAGCUCAUCUGAAGCACUGGAAACAGAUGCAGCCAAUAAAUAUGAGGCAGUUUGCCCUCAUUGGUUUUAUUGCAAGGUAGUAGAUUCAAGAGAGAGGUGGAUUCCCUUCAGUGGACAAGAUUCAGAGAAGUUAGAAAAUGCUCAUAAAUCCAGUAAGUUGAAAUGCUGGGGAGGUGGGAGCUAUCCUUUAACACUAAGCCUUAUUAGUUAGCAAUCUUUCCCAGUAUCCUCUGUUGCAUUAGUGGUGUUCAGAGGUUUCCUACAAUAUGACUAUAUCCAAUUCUAAGUCAUCUUUCCUUGAAAAUAAUCUCUCUGACUGGCGUGGUUGCAUGGUUCACUCAAAUACUAAAUCAUCAGAUGACGACUUGAAACUGGGUUUGAAAUAUGAGCGUUUCCAGCCAGAAACCCAUUGUCAUGGCCACCCUUAUAGUACAAUCCUAUGUAUGUCACUACUCAUACAUAAGUCCCAUUGAGUUCAAUGAGAUAUACUCCCAAUGAAUUUAAUUAAUUUGAUGGCUAUUUUGCACCUAAGAUUAUAAGAAGUGCCCCACUCGGUUAGGCCAAAAAUCCCCUAGCCCAGGAUUCUGUUUUUUACAGUAGCCAAUCAGAUACACCUGGGAAGCCCAGAAAGCAGGGAAGCAUAAAAAUCAGAGGUAGCCUUCAUAAAUUUCCCCAACUCCAUAUAGUCAUUGCCAUAUGUUGUGGCAGUGCAUGCUAUAAAUUUUGUGUUGUGCAAAUAAGUACUUUUCAUUUGUCCAUCAUAAAUCUGUUGCCAAUCAAUUUCAUUGGAUGUAUCAAAGUUCUUCUGGUAUAGGACAAGGAAGAAAGCCAGUGAUUUACUAAUAUAGUGGCUUAUUAACUAAGUGACUCUGAAGACUAUGAUCUGCAGUAUAAUUGUGAAUACCAAGGGAUCAGAGGGAGUGUUUCAAAAGCAGGGAAUUAUAAAAAAUGACCUACCUUCUACAAUUGUACUUCGUUGCGAGUGUUGGUGGCUGGAAGUAAAUGUGUGAGAAAUGAGUGGAGAAAUUUAACAGCAGGUCCCUGGGGAAGGACAGGAAAAUAUGCUGGACAUACAGAAUUUAUCCACAAAUUGUUAUCAUUUUGUAAACAUUAUUUGGUAUGCUUUCAUAGCUAUUUUGUCAACUACAAAGAUGAUGCACUUGCUUUAAAGAAUAAAGCUGCAGUCUUCUGAAUUCUGCAUUAGAUACCAUAUUUUGUAGGAAGCAAAAAAAUAAAAUAAAUAGGCUACUUAUUCUUUUAGAAUCUGGUUUUAGCCCUGCUUUUCCUUUUUACAAAGUUCCGUUAAUAAUGUGUGGCUGUGGAGGUCAGGUGUCCCCUUAUCUUGGGUUUAAUUCCUGCUUUAUAGUAGUCCUUUUGUUUUGCAGGCAAGUACUGUGAUGAGCUAGUUGUUCCAACAGAGGGGGGAAGAUACGAUGUACAUCUGAAGAAGAGGUUACGCUAUGCUGUUUACUGGGAAGAAGAUGAAUCUGAAGUGAGGCGCUGCACUUGGUUUUACAAGGGGGACAAAGACAACAGAUAUAUUCCAUACCCUGAAAGCUUCAGUGAAGAGCUAGAGGUAACUGUAAAUUAUAACUGCUGCCUCCGGCAAGGACCAGGCAUACCCCGAUUGUAAUGUUUCCAUUUUUGGCAAGUCUUUUUGAUCUUGGAUAUGCCAAGUUUUGUAACUUUGCAAAACGACAUGGGAGCUCAAACUUAUAUGUAUGAUACCGGUAUCUGUAAAUUUUCACCUACAAGUCAAAUGGCCAAGGUGAUGGUGUGUGUGGAGAAAGGCUACCCCCCCCCCACCAUUCUACAUUUCUAAUCAUCUCUCCCCUCAGUUGAUAAUAAUGUCAGUUACAGCAGAAGACCUAAUUGCCUGAUGCUGUAUUUUGUUUGGCCCCCAGAUUUAUAUUGUAAGGACAUAGACAUGCAUUCUUGGUGAUUGUUCCCUCAUGGCUGCCUCACCAUCUCCCAGACAAUAAAAUACCUACAUAUUUUGCUUUUUCUCUUAAUAGUCUCGAUUGAGGUGUCCCCCCCCACCCCACCAAAGGCAUGUAUUGAGAGGCUAAUUAGGACUUUAUUGGCUUGGUUCUUCAAACUAUAGUUUUGGAACUGAUUCUAGUCAUUUAAUUUUGUAUAUUGUGCUCUCAGAAUAGUAGUCCAGUUAAAGAUGAGUAAAUAUGCAUAGGAUUGUGCUUUGAUAGAUUUUUUAAUUUUUUUUAAAGACAUAUAUUUGACUCUUUAAAGAUUUUCUUCUUCUUCUCAGGACACCUAUAUGAUCUGUGUCACCUUAGAUGAGUGGAAAAAGAAACUGGAGUCUCCGACCAGAGAAAUCAUCAUAUUGCAUAACCCAAAGGUAUAGUGAAAUUUAAAAGUUUGCUCUUUGUGCCUCUCAAGUAUUACAAGCAUCGUUUAUCUUUUAAUAAACAGUUUUGACUCUGUUUCAGGAAAUCAGGAACUUGUGAAAAGAAAAGUUCAUUUCUAGAGGGGAGAAUAGGUGAAGUGUUAUUGCCUUGUCUGUUAGAAAUUUGGAGAAAGGAGUUUCUAUAUUCUACCCAUUUUCUGGGUUUUAUGGUGUAGACAUGCAUGUGGGUUGUUUGAAGGUGUGAGAUUGAAUUAUGCCUGUGGUUUCUGAGUGUGGAGAGUAUGAUUUGAGGGAGUGUCAAAAUGGUAGGCAUGCAUAUAUUGGUAUAUGCUGAAUUGAUGUGAGUGUAUUGAUCAUGAAAAGGUGUGCUUGAGAAGAACCAAAUGGAAGGUAUUUUUAGCUGUAAUUUAUGUUGUGCUUAUUGUUGGGAAUUUAAUUGCUUAAUUAUAUGAUCAAUGGGGAUAUGGUAUUUUGCAAAUGGGAGGUGGUUUUUCUUUUGUCUAGCUGUCAAUCAUGCUGUUUUAAAAUGUGGAAUUUAUAUAUUUUUAGUUGGUUUUCAUUUGUAAUAUUUCAUUUCCUAUGUUUAAAGGGUAUUUUUAUUAGCUAUGUACUGUAUUCCACAAUGUGGCAUUUUCCUUCUAUUUUUGUAGCUAAUUUUUCUAUGUAAUGCUUAUUUUGAUGCUAAAGAAGAUGCUCUGCUUAUUUCUUAAUUGUCUCUGAUAGAAUGCGGACAUUUUCUGGCAUUCUUUGUAUUUGUCAUUGGAAAAAAAUGUUUUAAUCUAUGUUGUAAACCACUUAGAGAUUUGCGUAAAUAUGAGCAGUAGAUAAAGUUUCCAAAUAAAUAAAAUGAGUGUGCACCGGGAGAGGAGAAUGUCUGCCUCUCCUCCAGCAUUCCUGCAUGCCCAUAUUUGGGAGAUUCAUUUAAAUUAUUACCCACCUUUGAAAUUGAUUGUCUCUGCUUUGUGGUUUGUUUCUCCUACUUAUGUAGUGCUAACAUAUUUUAUUUUUGUGGUCCUUUCAAGUUGAUGGUACAUUACCACCCAGUAACAACCACUGAUGACUGGGGCGCAAGUCCCACAGAGCAAGGCCGGCCAAGAACUGUGAAGAGAGGAGUGGAAAAUAUUUCUGCUGAAAUUCCUAAUGGUAAUGACAUGCGUCCCGCGUCCCCCCCCCCCUUGCUUAUUUUAAACUUACGUGCUUUUUCUUUCUUGAUAUGAUUUUACACAGGGAUUGUUCAUUAAACAGGAUAAACAGAUGUGACUAAAAUGAUUAGAAAACUGCCUGGUACUUCUGCCCUUGCUUCAAACCAAACCAAACCAAACCCAAACUUGAACAUAAUUCUUAAAGAUGUUAUACUACUACUGAAAAGUAAAUAGGCACGUUUAUAAUACAGUGGUGCCUCGCAAGACGAAAUUAAUCCGUUCCGCGAGUCUCUUCGUCUAGCGGUUUUUUCGUCUUGCGAAGCAACCCUAUUAGUGAAUUAGCGCUAUUAGCGGUUUAGCGGCUAUUAAAGGCUUAGCGGCUUAGAAAAAGGGGGGAGCGAAAAAAAUCGCAAGACUCGCAAGACUUUUUCGUUUUGCGAAGCAAGCCCAUAGGGAAAUUCGUCUUGCGAAGCGCAUCGAAAAACGGAAAACCCUUUCGUCUAGCGGGUUUUCCGUCUUGCGAGGCAUUCGUCUUGCAGGGCACCACUGUAUAUAUAUUUUAUCUAUUAAUAUUUUUUUUUAUUUUUAAAAAAUUAGGGAAGCCAAAGCAUAAUCAAAUAUUUGAUUUAGCUCAAGUAUAGAAUCCAUAACUUUUCUUUGAAAAAUGUAAGCUUUUUUUGUGGGGGGGGGGGGCCAGGACCAAAUCUUACAUUUUGAGAGAAUGUCACUCCCGUUUGAAAAUAGUGUCUUGAUAAGUAUGCAAUUUCUAUUUAUUUCAGGGGAACCUUUGCAGAUAGACCAUUUGGUUUUUGUUGUUCAUGGAAUUGGACCUGCAUGUGAUAUUCGGUUCCGGAGUAUUGUUCAGUGCGGUAAGUCUGCAGUAUAAAAGAUACUUGUUGGUUCUGCAUCCCAGGAGGUCCACAAAAGAUGUGGGUCUGUUGUACAGACAGAGUUAUUGCGAUGUAUUUAUAACCAUUUUAUUCCAUUAUAUAUUAUUUAAUUGUAUUCCACUUUUCAGAGAGACAUUCCCAGGGCAGCUUUACAGUUAAAAUAGAAAUAGAACAAUACAGCAGAAACAGUAAAAUGAAUACAAUAAAAACAAUAGCAGUGGAAUCUAAAACUGAUGAUGUCAGAGCCCACUGGUCCAGUGAAUAUCAGCUAUUUGCUAGAGUGUAAGGCUGAAUAUAUGUUUUGUUCAUAUGACGAGGAAAUUAACUGAUGACUGUAUUUGACUAGAAAGUCACUCAGACUGAUUCUGUUUGAGAUGGAGAAGCAAGUUGUCCACAAGAUCAAUUGGCUAAUGAUUCUAAGAUUGCCAAGGAGGAUAUAUCCAAACUAAACUAGUACAGUACUUCCUCCAUAUUACAGCAGCCUUAAAUUAUAUAUAAUUCUCUUCCCAUCAACGUUGAAAUAGGAAAAUUGCAAGGCUUAGUGGGCCAAAAGAGUCUCUAGAGAAUGUCGUUUACAGAUGUUUAUUACAUAUAAGUUCUCUUUGGCACUGGGAAUUACAUUGGAAAUUGAGAUACUUUCAACAGAAACUGGUGAUGGUACUAAAAAAUAGAGUAUAGAUGCAAAAGUUCUUCAAAAUCCUUUCACCUUAGGGCACUUUAUUCUGCAACUAGUACAGCUUUGCUUGAUCUUGCUUUGUAAUCAAGAUGGAUGCAAAAGUUGCAUAAAACACAAAUGUAGUUUACAGAUGUAACAAAUCACUGGGGCUUACUGUGUCCUAGGUUGCUUCUGCACUAGGGGUUUUUCUAGAAUUGCCAACCUUUGCUCGCUUUCUUUUUAUGAGAAAUCCAGUUGUCAUCAUUGCAAAAAUGCUGAAUUCUUGUGUUUUCUGCAUUACCCAUUGUGUGUUUGCAGACUUGAUGUGUGGCUUUUAUUUUUCUUCAAUAAAAUACAGUUGCAGUGCCAGCCUGUUUGGUGUGAACAGGCUACACACCGUUGAGGCUUUUUAGGUUUAUUAUAUAUUUAAUAAUAAUUUAAUAUGACCAAGAUUCGAUUGCUGCUGUUUUGUUGUAUUCAUUUUACUGUCUUGCUGUAUUAUUGUAUUUCUAUUUUAACUGUAAACUGCCUUGGGAAUGUCUUGCUUGCCCCUUAUGGUUCCAGCAGUCUCUUCCCUGUAACAGGACUUGCCUAGCAGCAGCUCCUCCUUGGUCAUGAUGAAGGACACUGCAGUGCUUAAAUGGCUUAACCCAGGCAGGUUACAACAGUGUAAAACUACAGUAUUAAAAUUGGUUAAAACAAUUUAGAAUCCAAAUAGGGUGGGUCCUAAACCAUAUAAUUUUGGGUGUCAGAGACCAGGGUAAAAAGGUGCAUCUUCAUAUGAUUCAAUAUGCAACAAAACUAGUUUUAGGAAAACAAGAGAGUAUAUUUUUUCAGAAGUUAACCUUGGGUGCAAAGCUGUCUGUCAAUGUUUGGUUUCCAGUUCAUCUUGGUUUGCAAUAUAAGAUGGGUAAAAUGCUUCUUGGAAGGGCUAUAUCUCAAAAAGUAUGAAGUUACCCUGUUACAAUUACAGGCCAGUGCUAUGAUUCCCAAAUGCUAUGCUCCAUGAGCUUUGUAAGCUGAUUGCAGUAUAUGUAGAAACACGAAAUCAGGAAAUGGAUUAACACACUGAGUUUCCACAUGUGAACUGUUGAAUUAAAUAUGUAUAAACUUAAUAAGUUCCUUGGGUACAUAUCAGAUGAGAUGCUGUGACAUCCAUGAUCAGAUCUCCCCUCCUUCAUCUUCUUUUUCUAAAGAUAGAAGCCCUGACAUGAGGUUGGGCCUGAGGGGUUGGGGGGUUAGCCCCUUUCUCUUUUUCUGCUUUCCCAAUCUGAAUCCCCUUCCUAGCUGCUAUUUGACCCACUGAUAGGGGGAUGUACAAGUAUAAUAUGAUAUUUGUGUAUCUUCCUUCUCCUCAGUCAAAUAGCAGCUUUGGGGUGCAGUCCAGAUUUGGAAAACAGAGCAGGGGGAAUUUAUUAAAUACUCCUUCCUUCUUUUCCACCCACCCCUGCCCCCCACAAUGGAUGUUCCUAUUUUGGAAAAACGUGGGAGAUCUGUUUAUCCAUAUCCCAUCAUUACAUCUAGUCGGGCCCUCAAUGUGGGGUGGUUGCUCUGUGCCUUGAUGCAGAAUUGAUUUUUUUUCUUACAGUCAAUGACUUCCGCAAUGUUUCAUUGAGUAUGCUGCCUGCCCACUUCAAGAACGCUCAGGAGCAGCAACAGAUUGGCCGAGUAGAAUUCCUCCCAGUGAACUGGCACAGUACUUUACAUACUGGAGUAGAUGUGUAAGUGAACCAAGAGUGUUCCCAGCAAGCCUGCCAGUCAUUGUAUGCUGACAGCCUAGAGUUUGCCAAAGUACAAGAGAUCUGGAGGGUGGCAGCACAAGAACAGGCCUUUUCUGCAGUGACUCCCCAACUGUGGAAUGCUCUCCCCAUUCAUUGCAUAUAUUUAGGUGCCAGGCAAAAACAUUCCUCUUCUUCCAGGCCUUUGGCUAAUUAAACAAUCCAUGGCCUUUUAAACUGUUGGGGGCGGUUAUUGUUUUUUUGUUUGUUACUAUGUUACAGUGGUGCCCCGCAAGACGAAUGCCUCGCAAGACGGAAAACUCGCUAGACGAAAGAGUUUUCCGUUUUGGAGGUGCCUCGCAAAACGAAUCUGCUAUGGGCUUGCUUCGCAAGACGAAAAUGUCUUGCGAGUUCCUGGGUGGUUUUUGUCCCUGUCCCCCUCUUAUUCUAAGUCGCUAAGCCGCUUAUCUGCUUAUCCGAUAAGCUGAUAAGCUGCUAAAAGCCGCUAAAAGCCGCUAAAAGCCGCUAAAAGCCGCUAAUAGCGCUAAUCCGCUAAUCCCAUCAAUGGGCUUGCUUCGCAAGACGAAAAAACCGCUAGACGAAGAGACUCCCAGAACGGAUUCUUUUCGUCUUGCGAGGCACCACUGUAUUUAUUUUUGUGUUUUUAUAUUGCAAACCACCCUGUAAUCUUUGGGUGAAGGGCAGUAUAGAGAUUUAUUAAAUAAUGAUAAUACUCCUAUUUCCUACAGGGUGUGAGCUGCCAUGCCUGGUAAUAAUGACAAAGCAGUGGAGACAGAAAGGGAAGUGCAUGUUAUGGACUUUGGGCAUACCCUAAUCCUGUUCAGCGUGUCCAAAAAUGGUGUUUUAAGUUGGCUGUUGCUACUUUGCUCUAGAACAGCCUUGCAAAUAAGGAAUCAGAAGAUAGUUGCCCCCUAUUCAAAUUUUUUACAUGCCCAGUGCCGCUCCCACAAUCUCCUAGAUCAAUCUCUGUAUUGGCAAUGGUUAUGGAGGCACUUGCAUUUAUUUUCAGCAAAUGAGUGCCUAAUUACAACCCUCCUGUAGUAAAUUAGCACCGGAACAAGGGAGUUGUUUGUAACUUUUUGCUUGAAGGAUCCAGCAAAUCCUCUUUGGUAAACUUUUUGCCAAGUAUUUCAUCUCCCACUCCUGCUUUAAUCCUCUGGAGAAAUAGAGCUGCUUUCAAAAACCCUGUUCUGCCUGGAGGAUGGAAACAAAACACUACACCUUAUAAUCAGGUCUUGCAAUCUGUCUGCCUACCUGUCCCAUGCAUAUGCUUAAUGAAGGGUUAAUUGGAAAACUGGGCAGCUCCCCAGGCUUCUUUGUUCUAGUAUUAGACAGCCUGUAUUGGGAAACAUUGCUUCAAAAUAGGGACCGGGAAGCCCCCAGCCCGGGGGCUGAAUGGGGCCUCUCUGACCUCUCUGACCUUGGAACUCUCUUCGGUUAGAGACCCUUUCUCCAGGCCACACCAUGCUUUUGCACCAUCCAUGAGUGCUUAUGCUGGCUGUUUGCCGUAAUAAAAAUUGAUUGAUUGAUUGCUUUUGCCUGGGUAGACUAUAUUUUUGAACUCUGAAAAUGUUUCUUGCUUGCCUGGAUGGAGGAUAGAGAGGGAUGUGUAGAAAUUAGCCUACUGUACAAAAAGUAGAAUUCACACUUGUUGCUCUUCCCACUUUUGCCUCUGGCCUUGCCCACAACUAGCUAUGUGCUCUGACAUAGCUCAGUCUGUAGAGCAGGAGAUUCUUAAUCUCAGGGUCGUGCGUUCAAGCCCCAUGUUGGGCAAAAGAUGCCUGCAUUGCAAGGGGUUGGACUAGAUGACCCUAGUGGUCCCUUCCAACUCUAUACAGUGGUGCCCCGCAAGAUGAAUGCCUCGCAAGACGGAAAACCCGCUAGACGAAAGGGUUUUCCCUUUUUGAGUUGCUUCGCAGGACGAAUUUCCCUAUGGGCUUGCUUCGCAAGACGAAAAUGUCUUGCGAGUCUUGAGAUUUUUUCGCUCCCCCCCCUUUUUCUAAGCCGCUAAGCCGCUAAUAGCCUUUUAGCAGCUAAGCCGCUAAGCCGCUAAGCCUUUAAUAGCCGCUAAACCGCUAAUAGCGCUAAUCCGCUAAGCCGCUAAUAGGGUUGCUUCGCAAGACGAAAAAACCGCUAGACGAAGACACUCGCGGAACGGAUUAAUUUCAUCUUGCGAGGCACCACUGUACUUCUAUACUCUAUACUCCCUGGAAGAAUGUGAACCUUGGGCUGGGAAAGGUUCCCUACACUGCUUUAGAAUACAGUGAUGCAAAGGAAGGUCUUUCAAAGAUCCUUUCCAUCUUACUUUCAUUGACAUUGUGUUUGCUGAGGAUUUUAACAUCAGGUUAGUUGUAGCCCAGUCUUGUGUCCUGGCAAUCCACUGAAUUCAACGGGGCUUGCUUCUGAGUGAGCAAGUGUAGCCACUGGAGUACAGAGUGCAGUACUUGGAUUUGUACUGUUCACAGGCAAACUUUAUUUUUAUCUGGUUUCUAAGAUCAGGUAUCUGUGUAGGAUAACAAAGCUUCAGUGGAGGCCAAGAACAUCUGGAAGGCUACAUGCCCUUCUCUGUUUUGUUUACAGAGACUUGGAGAGAAUCACCUUGCCAAGCAUCAAUCGCCUGCGUCAUUUCAUCAAUGACACCAUCCUAGAUGUUUUCUUCUAUAAUAGCUCCACCUACUGCCAGACCAUUGUGGACACAGUUGCUUCAGAAAUGAACCGUAUCUACUUGCUCUUCUUGGAGAGGAACCCUGAUUUUAAAGGGGGAGUCUCAAUAGCAGGUCACAGCUUAGGUAUAUAUACCUUUCUCUUAUUUUGAUGCAUGCAGACAUGUUUAUUUAUUUAUUAUAUUAUUAUCAUCAUCGCAUCCUUCCUCACAGAGGUGUUCUUUCUGUGGGACCUGACCAGGUCACCUAUCCCUGAACAACGUAAAGGUAUAUGGUCAAAAUUCCCUUUUCCCAUUUCCUUUUCUAGUACCUUAAUUGAAUGGAGACAUUUGUGUCUUGGAAUACAACAUGUUUUGUAUCCUUGUAACCUGUUACUCCAUUUCCCCCCAGUCCUAUAGUUUCAGAGCAUAAGGUUUCACUCCCAUUUAAAGAUAGGUUGCCAAUCAAAGCAGCCAUUCACAAGCAAAUAACUCAUUUUGUGGCUAUUGUGACUAAGUUUCAGAUAUAUCAGCUGCUGGCUGCAUACAGGUUUGGAAAGGCUGAAUUACAUUCAAAAUCUGUCUCAAAAAUCUCCAACCAGAACUCCAACAUUCUAUACAUGGAAAUAAAUAAAAUGUGAAUAUAUUUCUGUUUAGUAUCUUUCAUUGCAAUAUCCAACUUCUUCGCUCUUCCACUUUCCAACAACAACAACAAUUUUUAAAUGCAUUUCCCCCCAUGAGGUCAUGGGAUUGAGAGGGUUUGUUAGUGCAGAAAUCAGACUUCCAGAGCAGCUUCCUCUGGCUUUUAUUUCAAAUGUUUCAAAACCUUUAUCAUUUUACAGUCUAAAGUUUAAACUUUUUUUAAAAAAUCUGAUUAAGAGCAGAGCUGCAUGUGAUGUUUAGUUCCAUGAUUAUUUUAACAGACUUCUUUUUAAAUAUAAAAUGCAUCCGCUGAAGGCCAAACAUGCCAUGCCAUAGUGUUGUUGCUGUUUUUAAGUAAUGGCUACCAUGUAAGACAAUUUUCAUUUGGAGCACGAUGGGAGAAACAGUACCAGAAGCUCCCAGCUUUCAGAAGUCUCAGUGGAGGAGACUGUUGGAGGUCCUGGGAGUACAAUGCUCUAGAAAUGUUCUCUUCUCAGCCCUCCUUUGCUGUUUUUUCGCUUGGCAGAUCCUCAGGGGCUACAGAGGAGUAGCCCACCUGCCCUGUGUUACUUACAUCAGGACAUCAGUCCCAACAAACACAAGAUGUUAGUGCCCAAAGAGGGCAGGGGCUCCUCCUACUUGAUAACAUCUGACCAACAUCUUGCCUCAAGGAAUUUAGAGGCUAAUAGGAACGCUGAAUAAAGCUGCAAUAAGCUUAAUUUGUUCUCCUUUUUUUGAAGCCUUGUACCUCUCUCAAUUUUUAAUAAGUGUAGCUCCCCUUUUAUUCUUCUUUUUGUACUCAAGGUGCAAAUAUAAUGAUUUAAUGAAACAAACUACACUGCUGAGGUUGCAAUUCAAAGGGGAAAGAGAAAAAGAGAAAGAACACUGCCACAUAUUUUCCUCUGGGGGAGAAAAAGCAGCUUGGGGGUAGGAUUUCCGGUGGUGAAAGGUAUACAAAGGCAGUUUUCCCUGUCAGUCUCCCUCUUCCUAAUCUCAGCCUCAAUAAUUGCAUUUUAUUUAAAAAAGGUGGGCCGGGAGUUAAAUCACAAGCUUACAGACGAUAACUAGCUCCAUCCUAGAAAGGGAAGACGAGACAUUUGCGGUGCCCUAGAUGUUAUAUUUAUGACCUUUCCGCCAAGACACUGACUGUAUUCUUUUCUUAGGAUCACUUAUAUUGUUUGAUCUUCUCACGAAUCAAAAAUGUACAUCUGAUGGAGAGGAAGAUAAAAAUGAGGUAUGCGUUAACAUGAUUCAACAACUUCCUGAGUUUAAAGCUGGCCUUGUAAGUUCCCUGUGUUUUGGGGAAUCUUUGUUGCUUUUGUGCAGAUUAGCCUGCUAUUCUUCAAAGCUCAGCACUCUGUACUUAUUCAAAAGCUAGGUGACUCCACAAAAAGUGCCCCUAAGCUCCUGUGUCAGGGCUGGCUGUUUUCCUAUUUUGCAUGUUUCUCAGAAAAUAGGGGAAAAUGUCUGCACAGUCUAGCCUGAGAUGGCAAGCCUGGUGCCUCCAGAUGUUUUGAACUAGAACUCUCAUCAACAUUGAAUGGGGUAAUGAGUUGGAGUCCAACAACAUCUGGAGGGUCACAGGUUCCAAAUCCUUGGUAUAGCCAAAGCUAAGGACUUUUAAGAUGUUGAUUUUAAUAAAGAAGGAUCACGUAUGUGUUUGCUCUUUUACAGCAGGUAAGUUAAGCAAAUGCCUAAAAUCACCCUUUGAUAAUACUAUAUCUUACAAUGAAGGGAGUAUAUUAAUCUAAGAAAUAAAUAAACAAAUAAUAAAAUAUAACAUUUAUAACAGUAAUAAAAGAAAUGUACACACUGUGAUACAAUCAGUACUCUAGCAAUAUAGUCCAGUAGCUAUAUAUUGGUAACUAUCCUGUCUUAAGUGUUUUAUCAAUGCAAAUGAAAAGCUGUACAGAAGUGGUAUCUAUUUUAACAGGAGUCACAAAUAUCAGCAACUGGCCAAGAAGGUAUUGGAUCUGUUACAGACAUUUUGACGGAGCUUGAGCUUUCUGAAUAUUGCUCUGUAUUCGAGAAGGAAAAUGUGGACAGGCAAGCACUGGUAAAUAUAGAACUUUUGCAUUACUUGCUUUGCUCCUGUAUGUCUAUUUCUUCAGCUUCUAGGCUCCUUCAUGAAGAUCAAUAAUGGUAGUUUGUGGGGGAAUGGGGAGGGAACAAAUCCAUUCAGGUCUUUGUUCUGAUCUCUUGUGAAAGCGGCUUGCAAGGAGUGGUCACAAGACAACUGCGUUCAAGUGUGGUAUCAGCAGCAAAGCUAACCCUGUGUCCAGAUGGUGCCAGGAUUAUUCAGGAAGCAUUUCCUGCCCUCAUUCUUGAUCUUCUCUGGUGUUGCCUUUUGACAACUAGACAGCAGGUCCCACUGAAGUCCUCUGAAGCUACGGAGUGGGAUGAGCAACUAGAACUUGCUCAAUCUGCGAAGGAAGCAACUACUUGACAACAGUGUUACAAGACAGAGCUAAGUUGCUGCCCAAGUCUUAUAGAUGGUUAGUGGUGGAAGAAUAUUUGCAUGAAGAGUUUCUGAAGCUACAUUUACCAGUAUUGCUGUAUUUUUUAUAAGGGUGACGUGACCAUAUUCAACCCUCUGUGUUUCUCAAAGGAUAGCACUGAAACACAAGUUACUAAAGUCCAAGGGCUCUUUUCAUUUAAGUCACUAUCUAUUGUAGAACCACAGCUCAUAUAUGUGUGUGUGAUUCUUACUGUAACAGGCCUUGUGCACAGAAAAGGAACUUAAAGACAUGGGAAUUCCCCUGGGACCCAGAAUGAAAAUUCUGCAUUAUUUAAGGAACAAAAGCAACAACCAGGUAUGUUUGGGGUAAUUGUUCAAGUGAUUUAAAUCCAUACCUUCAGUGUUAGGGAUUGGAAAAAUGCAGAAUGCGUUGAAUCUCCUUGUACUAUAAUUUUGUGGAUAUUGGUAAUAUUUAUUGACUUGAACCAAAUGGAACAUCCAGCCCUUUGCUCUCUCCCCACCACCACUUUUGGCAAUCGUAUCUUCUCUCUCCCCCUUCUGUCUGUCUAUUCUAUUCUAGUUCGUUAGCAGGCAGGCAGCUCCAGUGCAAGGACAUUUCAUAAUCUCUGGGGUAGGAUUGGGCAGACCAGGCCUAUCCAGUUCUAUUCCUCUUUCGCUUGGUUUCCUCCACGCUGCCAUUCGGUCCUCUUUCUUCAUAAAUAUGUGUGUGUUUAAUUCUGCACACACACACACAUUUUUUUUCUUUUACUUUCAUUUCUGCAAGGUGAUCUGAGCAGGCUGCCUUUUACAUAUAUUUCCUGCUUUAAACUUAAAAUCUUGGAAUGGUCAGGAAGCACAACUGGUUGAAAAAAGCUGCAGAUGGCUCUGCAUUGACCUGCCAUUGUUCUCAGGGCGGGGGUGGCGGGGGCGACGGGGGCAUGUAAGUUGGGCAAUACAUCUUUAUGUCCAAAAAAUUGUCCAGUAGCACCUUAGAGACCAACUAAGUUUGUUCUUGGUAUAAGCUUUCGUGUGCAUGCACACUUCUUCAUAUACACUGAAACAGAAGUCACCAAACCCUUAUAUAUAGUGGGAGGGUGGGGUGGGGUUUUUCUACCCCACCUACCUGAAUCUAUCUCUAUGUGUGUUUUUUUCGUUAUUUCUUUAUUGGAGAGGAAGUGGAAAUUGAGAAAUUUCUGACACCUUAUGCAUAUAUACUUUAGGAUGUGGAGGGGACUAAGUUUUGCUGGUUUUAUUUCUGUUUUGGACUACCACUUUGGAAGGGAGACAGUUUUUCUUCAUGUGUGUGCUACUACUGAUGUACCUUGGGACAGACUACAUGUUAUACAAACAAGCAUGCAAGAAAGUCCCAGUGUCUCCUCCCCCUUUUGAUUUCUCAAAUGAAAAGCUGUUAGGAGGCCAAACUUUGGAGUGAGUGGUAAGAUGGAUGUGCUUAAUAUUUCCCUGUCUGCUUUGUUUUCCUUUAAAAAUUGUCUCUGCCUCCAGUAGCUUUUCCAGAUGAGAUGUUCAUAUUGGGAAAUAGCAUAAAAAUUGGUAGAACUAAGGUAGAGGCAUUUGCAUUUGUUACUAUUGUAUUUUUAAAUAAGAGAUUGAUCUUAAGCGCAUGUUUGUGUGGAAACUGACCCAAGCCUUUGAAUGUCCUGGGCAAAAAGUAAAUAAUACAAUAACUUGAGCAACCAGUGACAUUGGCAAAUGCAUAUUGUUUAUACUGUAGAAAUGCUAAAUGGUAAUUAUUGUGCAACACUGAAACCUUUUUGCAAAGUGAGCUUCUGCUCUUGCAGUAGCCUAGUGGGUUGGGCAGUUGUGCCAGCAGUGUGCUUGAAAGGAAUGCUACAGGAGAUGGCUGUCUGAUUUUUGUUGCAGAAUUCUAAAGGGCAGACACCUGCAGCUGCUGGGGAAGGUGGAAAUGUCAAGCAGGAGGUACCUGUAAAGCCUACAAAUGCAGAGACAAGUUGCCGGCGUCUGGAUGUUGUGACAGGGCAGGUAACCCCCACCUCCCACACAACUCUGUGCCAGCCUCAAUUUAAGAGCAUAAUAAAUCAACAGAUGACCUGUUGGGCUUUGAGUGACUCUUGAACUGUUUUAAAAAAGUAUUACUUAAGUUCCCCAAGUCCAGGCCAAAUUUGUUUUGGAUUUACCUGGCCCAGUCUCACAGCUAGGUUGGGAAAACUUCUAUUAUUCUCCUAUAUUAACAAGCAUACCUAAUUAACACUGUGUGCUUAGUCUUUCAAAAAAGCUUAUUUCAAAGUACCUUGUGAAAGAAGCCUGAGUAAGCUUAGCAGUCAUGGAAUAAAAGGAGAGAUCCUCUUAUGGAUUAGGAAACUGGUUCAGAAGCAGGCAAAGGGUAGAAAUAAAUGGAUAAUUCUCCCAACGGAGGGUUGGUGAUAAUUAAACCCUUCACUAGCUGGUUCCUAGGUGGAUUACCACAGUUUAAAAUUUAGAAAUAAAAGCUGUUAAAUCACUGUCACAGGUAUAUGGUGGGUUCUGUAGAAAGUGGAAUCUUCAAAGGAUUAGUAUUACGCACUGUGGUUGUUAACUUGCUCAUAAGUGAUUUAGAGUUAGGGCAGAGCCAUGAGGUAGCCUGGUUUGCUGGUGAUAUGGUUCAGGGUGUUUAAAACAAAAAGGAAUUAGGAUGGGUUUGUCUCCCUCAAUAUAUACAGUACUAGAACUUGGAGACAUCCGAUGACACUGAAUGUUGGAAGAUGCAGAAGAAAGUGCCGUAUUUUUCUGUGUAUAACACGCCCCCAUGUAUAAGACAACCCCUAUUUUUGGGACUGCAACAAUCAUCAGCAGGCCUUGCCGCAGCAACCAAUCACACACCCAAUCGCCACUGCAAAUCUCCUGCUGGCUGCUGCCACCAGUCGCCUGCCGCUAUCCGUGUAUAAGAUGACCCACAAUUUUUCAGUUAUUUCUAAAGAAAAAAUAUCGUCUUAUACACGGAAAAAUACGGUACUUCUUCACAUAGUUAAACUAUGGAAUUUGCUCCCACAAGAGGUAGCGAGGAAGAAGAAGAAGAAGAGUUUGGAUUUGAUAUCCCGCCUUUCACUCCCUUUAAGGAGUCUCAAAGCGGCUAACAUUCUCCUUUCCCUUCCUCCCCCACAACAGACACUCUGUGAGGUGAGUGGGGCUGAGAGACUUCAGAGAAGUGUGACUGGCCCAAGGUCACCCAGCAGCUGCAUGUAGAGGAGCGGAGACUCAAACCCGGUUCCCCAGAUUACGAGACUACCGCUCUUAACCACUACACCACACUGGCUCUCAGUUUGGUUGGUUUUGAAAGAGAAUUAGACACAUUCAUGGAUGGCUAUAUUCCACCUCCCUUGUUGGAGGCUGUAUGCCUCUGGAUAGCAUGUGCUGAGAAUCGUGGGGAGGGCACUGUGGCACUCAGGACCUGCUUGCAAGCUUCCCAUAGGCAUCUGGUUUGCUACUGUGAGAACAGGAUGCUGGACUCGAUGGGCCUUUUGCAGUAGAAGUCUUCUUAUAUUCUCUUUCAGUAUCUUGGUUUGAGGUUUUCAGUACUGGUGAUUUAAUAAGUUUCAUGCUUCUGAGUCUUUAAACAUCCCAAAGGAUAACUCAGGUGUUUAGUCUAACAAAUAUUUGUCUAUCCCAGAUAAUAUGUAACCUAGAGAGCCAUCUGAAGUUUCCCGAGCUAGUUAAUAUCUGAAGCUUAAAUUGUUUAAGCUUGGAGAAAGGAUUGCCUGAGAAGCCACUCAAAGGUCAUUAGAAGGAGAGUAAAAUAAAAACCAUAAUGUCCUGCAGCAGUGAGUUCCACAGGUCAGCUGUGUGUCAUGUGCAGGGAGGGAUUGCUUGUUUCAUAAUUGCUUUGUGCUUAAUUUCAAGUAAUACACUCUCAUAAAUUUGCCGCAUGAAGUUUAUUUCCCACAAAAACAGUAUGUUGUAUUUAAACUCCAUUAGGUCUCUGCAAACUAUCCUCAGCUAAUCUACAAACCAGAGAUCUUCUUUGCCUUUGGCUCCCCUAUUGGGAUGUUUCUCACUGUGCGAGGGGUGAAAAGGAUUGAUCCGAACUACAGCCUGCCUACCUGCAAAGGCUUCUUCAAUGUAUUCCAUCCUGUAUGUAUGAGCAGCAAUGUCUUGUUCUCCCACCCCCUCCGGAGGGUCAAAUUAUUGGGUGCCGUCCCAAGUUAUUCACACAUCUAUUUUUGUGCAAUCUCUAUAAGAUUCAUAAUGACUAAAUUAGGUCUCAUUAAUUCCAAUGGGGCUUAAGUGCAAUUAACUUGGUCUGAUUUCAACUCAAGAUAUUUAGAUACCCUGCAGUGGCUUUACUGCGUAAUGUGGAAUGUGAACUUAAAUGUGAAAUGCACUGCUGUCAUGGGAUCCACAAAGCUUCCAUUAAAGGCAGGAAUCUGGAACUGGUUGCUCCUUUCAUCAUCCCUGAUCAUUGGCCAUGCAACUGGGGCUGAUGCAGUUUGGAGUCUAACAACAUCUGGAAGGCCACAUGUUUCCACCCAAUUUAAGUGGAUUGUAAUUGGAAAAUAUACUGGUACUUGGCAUUAAGUGUAGUAUAGAAAUUAUUAAAUGAAAACAGAAGAAAACAAAACCACUAACAGAUACAUACCAGUUCUGUGCCCAGUUAAAGAUAAGGUAAAGGGACCCCUGACAGUUAAGUCUAGUCGCGAACGACUCCGGGGUUGCCGCGCUCAUCUUGCUUUACAGGCCGAGGGAGCUGGUGUUCGCUCCGCAGUUUUUCCAGGUCAUGUGGCCAGCAUGACUUAGCUGCUUCUGGUGCAACGGAACACCAACACCAGAGCAGCGCACAGAAAUGCCGUUUACCUUCCCGUCGGAGCGGUACCUAUUAAUCUACUUGCACUUUUUGGGGUGCUUUUGAACUGCUAGGUUGGCAGGAGCUGGGACCAAGCAACCAUCGCGGGGGUUCGAACCUCUGACCUUUUGAUCGGCAAGCCCAAGGCUCAGUGGUUUAGACCACAGUGCCACCUGCGUCCCUACUGUGCCCAGUUAAAUACCAAGUAUUCAAUUCAUUGAAAAUAACAUAAAAUGGGACCAUUUUGGACAAUUUUGCCUGAAGUUCAUUUUUAUUUCAUUAUCUUAAUAAUGAUAAGUGAAUUUAGGAAUCCUUCAUUCUUCUAGGUACUCAGUGUAGCACCAGCAAAGGUUGGGCAGGGUGGCAUCACUAGAAAUCCCAUCUUCUUUGCUAGGAGACCAGUCCUCUUGCAGACCAGAUACUGAUGCUGCGCCAGAGGGACAGAACUGGGAUUCUCUUGGUGUACUUAUUGUGCUAUCCAACAGUCUGUUGUAUGGGGGACAUGCUGAAGCUGCCUUGUCAGCAGCAAUUCAGGAUUUCAUGGAUGUGAGGGCAGCUCUGCAGUUUUUCCAGUACGUUGUUGGCCUAGGAGCAGUCUAGGAAUGGAGGGGCUUUCUAUAAGCUUUCAGGUGCUAUGACGAAAGAAAGGUGGGGUGUAAAUGAGAGAAAAAUAAAUAAAUAACCCAUUUGUCAUGACCCAUCUCUGUUUUUGGACUACAACUCCCAUCAUCCCUAGCUAACAGGACCAGUGGUCAGGGAUGAUGGGAAUUGUAGUCCUAAAACAGCUGGCGGGCCAAGUUUGGCCAUCACUGUCCUAACCAAACAUACACCUGAACUGAACUUGGAAGAAGGUCUUGGCAGGCAGGUUCAAGCCAAGAAUGGGGUCCUUCAGAAAUCCUAGUCCUGAACCUUUUAGGGUUAAUAUGCUGCUGCUAGAUAUUAUUUUUUAAUGCAAUGUGAUUUAUAUAUUUAUAUAUUGCCACUGGUUUUGCUAGUAUAUUUUAAGAAUGAUUUUGAAUUUGAUCAUUAUAUUGUUUUUAGAAUUGUUUAUAAGCCACCUUAGUGGUCAUUUGGAACCAAAAGGUUGGAUAGGAGAUGUUAUAUAUAAAUUAGAGUGAAGUGUCUCUGCUUUCUUUCUUCUGCAGUUUGAUCCGGUAGCAUACAGAAUUGAGCCCAUGAUUGUCCCUGAUGUGGAGUUUGAUCCAAUGCUGCUCCCUCACCACAAGGGGAGGAAGAGAAUGCACUUAGGUAAAAGAGAGAAUCUUCCUUCUGCUUGCAUCGCCCUUUGAAUCUAAGUACGCUCCAAAAAAAACACCUUAUAUUUCUGGCUAGUGAUUGAACACAAGACAUACAGAUUGUCUUCAUAACACCUAUCCUGAGACCCAGGAUUCAUUUAGAAAGUUGUGUGCUAGCCCUUCAUGAUUAAAAAGCAACUAUCAACCUGAUUAAAUAACAAAUCCCUAGUCCAUACAGGGAAAUGUUUUAUUUAAAAACAUAACAAUAUCUAAAUAGCUCAGUUAAAGAAAUAAUUUUCUGGAAUUACUGAAGGUUAUUUUGUGGAAUGUGGAAAUUGAUCAAAUAUUAUAUACCUGGAGACAUUCAAGAGUUGGGUCUAAAAAUAUUUUAUUGUCUAGCAGACUUGAUAAAUUAUUUAUAAUUAUACUAACUCAGAUCAAGUGGGAUUUGUAACAAAAUAAUAAAUUUUAGACCUAAUUAGAAAUGUUUUGAAUGUUCUUUCCUAUAGGAAAUUGAACAAAACGAAACACCAAUUACCAUUUUGACACUUAAAACAUUCAAAGCUUUUGAUAACUUAGAAGAGAAUUUUGUAACUGAGCUUAUGCAAUUAGGUACCAAAACUGAAGAUGCUCUUUCUGUAAUUUAUCUACAUAUGCUACAAUUCACAUGCUACAAUUCAGACCAAUAAUUAUGACUCAUUACAUGCUACCAGGGACAAAACAAGAGUUAGGUGCCAAGUUCCCAUAUCACAUUUUGCCUCCCAAAGUUGCUCUUCAGAUAUUUCUACUUCCUCAGAAUGUUAGCCACAAUCCUCUGGCAACCUCAACAAGCGAUACAAAUUAUUCUUGAAAUAAUGUUUUCACUUGUGUACGAAGAUGAAUAAUUCCAGCCAUCCAUCUUCUGGAAAUAAAACAAUAUGUGAGAAAUAAUCCAGGGAAACAAGAGAAUUGGAGAAAAGUUGAGGAAAGUUCCAGUGGGGCAGGGAGGAAGGGGCGAGAGAGAGAUGGUGGAAUUGUGAGACUCAAGGAUAGGAUUGAAGACACGGGGGAAGAAAAAGAAGAGGGUGUUAGGAACUGAGCGGUGCUGAAGCUAUGAGGAUAAGCCACAAGGGGUCCACGGGUAAGAGAGAUGUAUCCUGACCUGUUGAUGACAUAUUUUUAAUUGCAGGCUUUCAGAACAGGCUGGUUUUUUAAUUGUAAGGCUGUUUUUACCUUCUCCUUUUCAGAACUGAAGGAAGGCCUCACGCGAAUGAGCAUGGACCUCAAAAACAAUUUACUGGGCUCCUUGAGAACAGCUUGGCAGUCAUUCACCAGGACUUCACUUCCAGCUGUGGAGGCAGGAGCCACUGGAGAUACGGAACAAGUAUUGGAAGCUGAAGCCAGUUCAGAGAAACAGACUGGUGAGCAGGGGCUUAAUUGUAGUUUGUAAACGGAAGAACAAGGUGCAGAAUCCAGCAGAACCCACCCAUUCUUCCUGUUGCAACCAAGGGAAAAUUUUGCCUGUUGCUCUGCACAAGUCCUUGCAAGAUGCUUCCAUUGAUGCAUUUAUACAAGUUCUGUUCUGCCCUUCAUUGCCAAGUGAUCUUAAGCUGGCUAAAACAAAUAUCUGUACUGCCCUGCCCAGAUAUACAGUAAAAACAAAUGUAUACAUCAGCAUUCAAGAUAAGUAUGUUACAUAAAAGUGAACAACAUAAAACAGAAUGAAAAGCAGCUCACUUAACCUGCUCCUAUUCAGUGUUAAAAUAAGUAACCUCAAUCAUGUCCGACUCCACCCCAGCCAGGUGACUAGUGGUGAGUCUUUAAUUGGCACUGGAAGUUAAGCAGUGUCACCACCAGUUGUAUAUUAAGGGGAAGGAUGUUCCACAGCUGGGGUUCCACCUCUGAGAAGGCCUUGUCUUGAGCCAAAGAGCUACAGACUACAGGCUUCACACAGAGAUGACAUGACCAGUACAUCCCCAACAGAUUUUAAUUCCUUGGCAGGGCAGGGAGAGAUGCUCCUUAAGUUAACUGGGUUCAGCGUCAUUCAGGGUUCCAUACAUCAGCACUAAAACCUUGUAUUUGGCUUGGUAGCAUAUAGGCAGUCAGCGCAGACCCUUCACAACCCAUGUUAUAUGCUUCUAGCUGGCUGAGUCAGUCCAAACUGGCAGCAGCCUUGUGUACCAGCUGCAGCUUCUCAACUGUUUUUAAGGACAGCCCUAUGCACAUCACAUUAAAGGCAACAUAAAUGAGGUUCCUGGGUUUCAUCCAUUCAAGCACUGACCUGACCCGAACUUGCUCAGCUCUCUGCAAGAUGGUGGUCUCUUACUCCUUAGACUCUCAACCAUGUUAGAGUUUUGAAUAAUUUUGUCAAUUCAUUUAGGUAUCCUUUGGCCAGAUACUGAUGACUUUUGCUCCCUUUGAAUUUGUGCUCUGUAAUAUUUGGGCCUGCACAUGGACUGGUAUAACUCUUGCCAAAAUGUCAAAUUAGUUUUGUUUUGGCAGCAGUCACCCCUUGUUUUCAGUUGCCUAUGGUGAUGCUUGCAAAGAUGUCUGCAUCUAGUGUGUGACAGAGCAUCUUACUCCUCCUUAGGCAGGAAACAUGACUUGCAAUACCUGUUAGCAUUGGACAGUCAUGCCUUCACCAACCCAGCCUGGUAACCAAUUUUAGCUGUGUAUAUUAAUGCUGUCUUUCUUUCUUAAACAAUUCAGAUGGGAAACUUGAGGAACCAACCACACCAGUGAAAGAAGAAUCUGCCCCAGUUAACGUGGGUAUGCUCAAUGGUGGCCACCGCAUUGACUACGUGCUUCAAGAGAAGCCAAUCGAAAGCUUUAAUGAGUACCUGUUUGCACUGCAAGGCCAUCUCUGCUACUGGUAAACAAGUUUUUUAAAAAUGUGUCUUUAAAUUAAUUAGCAAUUUCCCUCAUCUUCCAAGAAGCUCAGAGCGAUAUCUAUGUUCUCCCUUACUGGGGGCAAGAUCUAUCAAUAGGCAGAACAAGGUUCUCUGAAGACUUCCCAGUAGGAGCCAAACAAGGGGUUUCCACCACUUUCAGCCAAGGAGGUGGGGUGGGACAGUCUCAUAACUUUCCAACCACUUUCAGGAGUAAUAACAUCUGGGAGGACAUAGGAAACUGACAAGAGUAAUGCAAACAUCCUUAUUAUUGUCCUGAACACUUCAUUCAAAGUUGUGUCUUCAACAAUCAUAACUAUAUCUGUGGGAUGAGAUGAUUGUGUGUGUGUUAAGUGUUAGGAUUGUCCUUUUUCCUGGUGCCUAAGUAAAUCUGCCACUUGGGCACACUUGCUCUAUAUGUAGUUCUAAUAAGUAAUUCAUUGUAUAAAUAUUUAACUUCCAGGGAGUCAGAGGACACAGUGCUGUUGCUCCUGAAAGAGAUUUACCAAACAAUGGGCAUCGGCAUGGACCAGCCCCUUCCAUAAAGCCAGACUAACCAGCUCCACCAAAUGUAAGUUGCCCUGUCUUUCUACUCAUCACCCAGUUGGGAAAAGUGCAAAAAACUAUUUUGGCUGUGGUGUGUGCACUCAACUGACAAUGAAUGCUGUUUGCAGAUUUUGUGGGUUGUUGGUAGUGCUUCAAAAACCUACCAAGCCGGUUUGGCCAAGCAUGACCCUAGGACUCAAUAAAUGAAUGUGUAAGCCACAAAUUAAUAUGUGUUUCUCAUACCACCUUCAGCGUUCUUGUUUGUCCACAGCUAAAGCGGCUCAGAGUCAAAUGGCCGUGAAGGAACAGUAACAGCCUUAAUUCCACAAUCCUAAACAAUACAGUGAAGUAAUGGUUAAUUCAUUACAGUGAAUCAAAAUCUUUUUGAUUGCAGCAAACUUUAUUUUCAUCAUACUGUACUGAUGUUUAGCUGGUGUAGGGGCAUGUCUAUGUACUUGUAGUUUUUUGUUUUAGCGGGGUGCACCCAUUAUCCUCCAAGAAACAUGGUAGGAAUAGCAGUGGCUGUCUUGAGUUGUCCUCAGAAUAUAACAUGAUUGAGUGAAAUCUCUUUUUCCAUUGAUAGUACAGGGCAGAAAGAGGCACUCUCCUUUCUCCAGACCUAUUUCCUGCUUUUCUGAUUGCUUACUGUUUGUGAAAGAAGCGUAGACAACUGCCACAUAACCUCUUCCCAAAUGAAUAUACUUUGUUUAAACAAUGCAAAUUUAAUAUUUUAGCCAAAAGUCACUAAAACAAUUCAUUAUCUUUUGUUUUUCAAUUUUUUUGCAGUCUAAGUUGCACUGUUGAAUGCUACUGUAUUUUUUAGAGAUUUCUCAUAGAGCUACACAAUGCAUUCAGUACUAUCCUUUUCCUAAUUGUCACUUAUGUUGACACUUAAAUGUUUUUUUACCCAGUGUUUGCAGUUUUGAAAUAGCCAUAACGUAGUUCCCAUCCCGCUUUGAUUUCUCCAUCCAUCCAUCCAUCCAUCCAUCCAUCCAUCACUGGCCUAGCUAAUCUUUACCUGUUGCUUCCUUAGAUUUGCUCCAUGUUGAAAACUCAUCAAGGCUCCUGUCCACCUUCCUCUUGUCUCCUCUGUUGCUGCUGUGCCCAGCAUGCUUCACCCCCACUGCCUGGAGCUCUGGAGGACUCACCACCCAAGUCUUAUUCCAUGGGAAGUGCAGCAAGCACUUUGACUCUCUGGGCUGUGUCCUCUGGCUAGAGGCUAGCGUGUGUCAAGUUGCAAUACCACCCGCAUCAGGUCUAGUGGUGCACUAGGCGGGGCCAGGAAUCGGUGCUAGAACUUCACACCUCCUCUUGAGUUGGAAAGCCAUGAUACAGGAUGUUGAUACCAAACUGGGGAGAUACCACACUUUGCUGAGUAAAGCUGUGAGGAAUGUGGGCAUAUGGAAAUGCUUGUUUUGUGGCUGCACUGGACACCCAUCACCAGACGUUUUUGAGUAGAUUUUUGUUCCUUCAAACCUUAUUGCUGCUGCUUUGCCCAACAGGUGGAGCUACAGACCAAAGCAAAAAGGCCAGUUCCUGUCCCUACCAUAGCAAGCGCUAUUGUGCUGGUAAUUCCCAUGUAUUGUCCUGUACCAACCUUGCUACAACAGGAAAAGCACAUAGGCACUCACUUAGGAAUAAACUAGACAGGUGCUUGGAAAAACCCUGUAAAUCUGUAUCUGGCUCAGGUGACUCCUCAGAUUCUGAAAUUGUCUCUGUUGUCUGCUUAGUGUAGUUCUUAUCCAAACAGCUUUAGCAUACUGGAGAAGCUCCAUUUCAUUUGUAUCUUUGCUGUCCAUGCUGUGUUAAGAGCUGCAAUGAUCCAGCAGCUAUGCAAUAAGGAAGAGAGCCUGAGCUGCUGGCAGGCUCUUCCCCUGAGCUAAGUUCAAUAAGAAUAGGAUGCCCUACUACAAGUGUUUGGAAAGGAUUAUGCAUCGCAAAGAUGGUGUCUGUGACUGAACAUCCACUCACUUUACAGCUAAUUCUGAUCUCAUUUGUCAGCGGGUGAGUGGGAUAAGUCUGGGUCAAGGGGAAUCAUGUUUCCCAACCCUUUAAACCUAUACCUACUUACCAAGAGAUCCUGGUGGUGAAUUAAAACUAUGCCUGUGCCCAUUUAGUAGGUUGUGUUUUAAAACAGAGUAGCAGUAGCUCUGCACCUGCACUUUUCACACAGGAGAUCAUAUUUUUUUCCUGAUCAAACAUAGGAAGGUGGUUGGCCAACUGCUCACCAAGUUGAUAUGCUGAGCUGUAUAUUGAAUACAGGAGGCCACUAAUAUAUUUACUCACCUCCAUUUUCUCCUUGCUACCAGUUCUUCAAGUCCUGUAGUAAGCAAGGAGAAAGGCGAAUUCUGCUUCCCUUGCCCUUGAAGGUUGAGUAAGGAAAGAAACAGUGCUGUUUCUCUAAGCUGAAUGCACUGCUGGGGGUGGGUGGUCCACACUAGAGGGCAAGGGGAACUUACUUGCUGCUGGAAAAAAAUGUGGAACUGUAACCUGAAACAGGUAACCGUCAGGUGAGUCCAGAUGCAGCAGGGGCUCACUUCACCUGUGUCUCAGCAUGGCCUCAGAGGAUUUGCUCAUAUUUUCAGAAAGCCCCUUCUACAAAGGCAACAGCAAACAAUGUGUCAUGCUAUUAUUCUCUCUGUAUUGUGUAUCAAAACUCUUUGUCAGUAUUUAGUUUGGUUAUUCAUCCUAUGUAUUUGCACUAUUUGUUUCUGCAUUGUUCAUCAUCUCACCCACUUGUGCUGCAGCUGAGGGCUCAUCCACUCUUCACCUUUUGCCCUGUGCUUCCUAGGUACAGGUCCCAGCUCCCAAGCCCACCCCCACCACUGCUUUCCCCAGGAAAACCCACAAACAGCCGUUCAGGUUUUCUGCGGAAUUGUUUUCAGGGGUAAAGAGCAGGUUUUCAUAGGGAAAGUGCUGGGGCCAAAAAAAAAGCAGACUUUGGAGCUUUAAAGCAUGGACCCCUCUGCCUAGGAAGCACAACACAAAAGGAAGUCUGGGUGACCCUGAGUGAUGCUAUUUGACACAACCAAGUUCUGGAUUAGAAUCUCUAGCAGCAGUUAUAGGAAGAGUCCAGCCUCGGUCAAUCAAUUCUCAAACAGCUGUUGAAGUUUAUGCACUUUGUAAAAUAUGUCUAUUUUAAAAGUUAUUUAAUUCUUUUUCCAGUAAAUAUCUGACUUCGGUGCAUUUAUUGGCCUCUGUAAGGAGAACCUUGGAAGUCUGAGGGCCUAAGGACACUUUAUUGUGUUCCAAUAUAGGAACCCAAGCAAGGUUGGAAAAAAGCAGUGAAUAUGCUUUUCUCGUGUAAUUAGAGAAUGGCCACGAGUGAUUAUAGCUUACUGCUUAGCCAAAUACCUGACUUCUGUCAUUCUGUGCAUUGUGACAGAAAUCAGCAAUUCAUCCAGCAAUUGUCAACUUGCAAAAGAUGCACAUCUUUUUCCCCAGCAUGUUCCUGUGUGUUGGAAGAUAAAUACCACAAGGAGCAGCCUCCAAAUACAGAACUUGCCUGAAUUUCCUGUUCCCUUUUCCCACUUCCCCUCUGUGAGGCCAAAUACCAUAGCUCUAGAUUUGAGGCAGUAGUUGAUGUUUGCUCUGUGUGCAUCUUGUCUGUGUUGUAGGAAAAUCCUGAAGUGCAAAUGACAGAAAUGGUCCUUAAAAUUAUGAAUGUUUAAGGAUGUACACCUGUAAGUUUCACCACUCACUGCAGUCUAAGUUGCCAUAUUGUAGAUGCUUCAUACAUCAGGAAAACAUGCUGAAAUACUGUGUCUUUAUCAUAGACAUUAGUUUGAUACUUGCAGAAGUAAAAAUUCUUGCUUUCAUUCUAGGACUGUGCUACAUACCUAAACCUUUUUGUCACACUUUUUAUACCACAGUGCAGUUGUACUGUGCAAUAAGUCAAAGCAGUAGCACUUCUCUUAGAACCAUGGUUUGUAUCAAACCAAUUUUUUUCUCAGAGUAGACCCAUUGAAGUUCAUGAAACUGUUUGCCAUUUCAGUGGGUCUACUCUGAGUAUGACCAGCUUUAGCUGCAAGCUUGCACCCCAGUGUUAAGAUCUGCAGGUGCUAGUGAUGAGAGUGUCUAAUUUCUGUGAUGCUUGUGGGCCAAAAAGAGUCUUAGUAAUGAAAUGUGUGGAUGAUGAAUUUAGUUUUUCUUUUGUAUAAGGAAACACAACUGUUCUUCCAGAGAUUACACAUAGGGUUCCGUUUAAGCUUGGUAAAUGCAAAACAUGUUGAGCACAAUGUGAAAAACAGAUGCCAGUAAACAGGUUAGGAGCAAGCUAUAAAGUCUCAUUUAGUGCACUCUUCUGAUGCAUGUUUGCUCAGACUUAAGUCCUGCAGUGUUCUGGUGUAAGUGUGCAGAAUUGUAACCUUAUAGUUAAUCUCUCCUUUGCCAAAUCCAGUCCCUGCCAUACACUACAGUCUUAACUAUCUGAAGGAAAAGCCUAAAAUGAAGUAAAUAUUUUCUGUGAGCUCCAGUUUGAUAGCUUCCGAGUUUAUAGCACCUUGCAGUCAUUCAUGAGUAACAUGAAAGACAGACGGCAAGUACUUCUACUUUACAGAGUGCACAAGGUAAGGGAGAAUGAGAAGUUAGUGUUUCACAUUCAGCAAUGCCUCGCAUGCCCCAUUUAGUCCUAAUCUGAGGACCAAAGAAGUGAUACAGCAGUGCUUUUUCUUUUGAAGUUUUAGCAUUUUUAUUAAGACAGUUUUAAAAACGAAACCGUGAAACAAUGAAAACACAACUCCAUUGAUUUGGCCUCUAAAAAUGUACAAAAUGUGAAAAAUGAAGGUAAAAUAAUCUUUAUCACAGCAACAAUCCUUCCAUACCUACUAAUGGUUCAGACUAGCCCAAUCUGCAAAGCAGGCACAAAAUUAACUGCCCGAAAAUGCCCCAUACCAGGAAUGAUAGUGGUUUAACUAUGACGGGAGCAAAACCUUGAGAUUCCCACAUGGGUAAACACAGGAAAACUCGCCAUUCAUUAUAAAUUGUUUUGAGUAUUCCUGAGACAUCUGCUUGGCCACUAUUUCGUUCUGCUCCCCUCCCCCUUUUAUCACAUUUUUAUUCUACCUCCUAGGAGCUUACAUGAUCCCGGCUGGUUUUAUCCUCACAACCACCCUUUGAGGUAGGUUAGGCUGCUAGUGGCUGGCUCUAGGUCACCCAAGACUGACUGUUGGAAAUAGGAGGCUGGUUGAGCCGGACUUUCCUGUAUAAUUUUAAUAUUACUCAUCACCUUUCUAAAAUACCAUGACUGCUUUCAUUAGAGACACAAGUUGUCUUUUUUCCUUCACUGUGUCCCCCAACAUUAGUUCUGGGGCCUCCCUUUAACCUCCAAUUGCUGGAUGAAACUUCUUUUUUAUUAGCUAGAUAUAUGCCUGUCUUUUCUCCCCCUUUUCUCUCUCUCUCUCGGUGUUCUGCCUUUUUGCUUGUCUCUUUGCUCUUAAAAAGAGGUUUAAAAUAAAAUGAAGACUGUGUCCCCUUCAUUUGCCCAUGACCCAGUUUUGGGUACCAAACCACAAGCUGACAACUGAUGUGCUAGCCUAUGUUAUGCGUAGUUGCCAUUUUGCACAGAAAUACCGCCAUCUCCCUGCCACUGUUACCUUGCUUAAACCAGAAGUAGCUUGUGUGCUUCCCUCCUGAUGUUGUUGGGGUGCAACACCCAUCGGCCUAAGCCAGCCUGACCAACAGGUCAAGGAUGAUGAAAGUUGUGGUCCUGCAACAUCAGGAGAGCACAACGUUGGCUAUUCCUGCCUUAAAUAGUCUUUUGAAGCCACAACCAUUAUCACUCCUGUAAAAAGAAAAGAAAAGCACUUGGCACUGCUUGGGGAUGUGCCCCACAUCCAGAAUUCAGCAGCAUCUGGGCAGCCAACCCUGCUUUAGUUGGGCUUCCACCAGCCUCAGCCAGAAAGGUCAAUUGACAUUGGGAGCCUGCCACUCCUGAUGUAGGUAAAUGCCAGUUAUGGCCUUCUGCUAUCCUAUUUAGGGGUAUGCGGGGACCAUUUUUUGGGGGUGACAACAAGCAGAAAAUGUGGCACAUCCAGUAUGACAAAGAGCAGCAAGGUGACAUUCUGCUUGUGGAACAACUUCUGUAGAGGAGGGAAGCCUUGUGCUAAUUACCUCUCCCCCACCCCUUCUAUGGGGGCACUCCAAUGGAUGCCCACCCUGCAGAAAGGGCUGUUUAUGCUGCUGGUGUCUCUCCCAUGCCAUCCCAAGUCCCCUGAAAGUAAAACACCUAUUGGGAAACCUCUCCAGAUUUAAGGUCCCAAAUCCCAGAGAAACAGAGUUGAACCAGCCUGUGGUCACGGUGCGGCCAUCUGUUCUCAACAUUAAGAAACUUCUGACUGUCCCAAGCACACCAACUUAACAACAGCGGAAUCCUAGCACAGGCACCAACCAACAAAAGCUGUGGGCAUGGAUGAAGGCCAGUGCAUCUUUGAAGAAGGACAAGCUCCAACACUGAUAGAGCAGGGGUCACAAGCAGUUAAGUCUACAGCUAUAUACAGCUCCCCCUGAACUCCACGGAAGGGAAAGAUCACCAGUGUGAUAGCACAUGCACAUGCAAAGUAGACAGCUGGCCACCUAAGAGCUGCUUUUGCGCAAGGCGGUUUCAAAGGGGAGGAAGCAAAAGUCUGAGAGUGAGAUCUUGCAGCAGAGACCUCAUCACAGCCGUCACCCAAACCACCUUGCAAAUGGUGCAAGCUGCAGAAGGUGAAUUUGGGAGCUCACAGCAAAUGUGCACCUCCUGACUUUUGCUUCUUAAACUGAUUUUAAACAGUAGCCUGGAGAUACCUUGUUAAAGAGUCUUUUGCAAUGCUACUGUUGGGUUUAUGCCCCAGUUCCACAAAUCCUGGUGCAGAGAGCAGCAGGUUGUAUACAUGCAACUGUGUGUGAUGUUUAUGUUGGUGAACAGGUUAGUGAUUUAUUUGAGAGGUAGUCAUUUUGGG